GGGGAGCAGCUGCGGCGCGGCGGCGGCCGGCGGGGAGGAGGCCACUUGGUCCGGGCGCCGAGCCCCGGAGCCCGCGCGCAGGCGGCGCUGACCACUGAAGCUCCUGGCCCGGCCCCCCUCCCUCCCCGAGCCCGGUGGGGGCCUGAUCGGGAAACCGGCCCCCGCCGCCCCGCGAUUGAUGACUUUGCUUGGGGGCCGCUGGCAAGGGGAGAGCGCCGGCAAGCAUGGGUCAGAAGGUCACCGGGGGCAUCAAGACCGUGGACAUGAGGGACCCCGCGUACCAGCCCUUGAAGCAGGAGCUGCAGGGCCUGGACUACUGCAAGCCCAGCCGCCUGGACCUGCUGCUGGACAUGCCCCCCGUGCCCUACGACGUGCAGCUGCGCCACUCCUGGAACAACGACGACCGCUCGCUCAACGUCUUCGUGAAGGAGGACGACAAGCUCCUCUUCCACCGGCACCCCGUGGCCCAGAGCACCGACGCCAUCCGCGGCAAGGUGGGCUACACGCGCGGCCUGCACGUGUGGCAGAUCACGUGGGCCAUGAGGCAGCGGGGCACGCACGCCGUGGUGGGGGUGGCCACGGCCGACGCCCCCCUGCACUCCGUCGGGUACACGACCCUCGUGGGGAAUAACCACGAGUCCUGGGGCUGGGACUUGGGGCGCAACCGGCUUUACCACGACGGCAAGAACCAGCCAAGCAAAACGUACCCCGCCUUCCUGGAGCCGGAGGAGACGUUCAUCGUGCCCGACUCCUUCCUGGUGGCCCUGGACAUGGACGACGGCACCCUGAGCUUCAUCGUGGACGGACAGUACAUGGGAGUGGCCUUCCGGGGACUCAAGGGCAAAAAACUGUACCCCGUCGUGAGUGCCGUGUGGGGUCACUGCGAAAUCCGGAUGCGCUACUUGAACGGGCUUGACCCCGAGCCGCUGCCACUCAUGGACCUGUGUCGCCGCGCCGUGCGCCUGGCCCUGGGGAAGGAGCGGGUGGCCGAGAUCCACGCGCUGCCCCUGCCCGCCCCGCUCAAGGCCUACCUCCUGUACCAGUGACACGCGGCCACACGCGCGCCCCGGGCUCCAGCCGACCGCCCGCCGCCUCCUGUGCUCCCUCGACUCCGCGGCCAGCCUGCCGGACACUGACACGGGCAGGUGACCCUGCACGUCCCCGAGCCCCGGGGCAGCCCGACCCGGCCCCCACACCGGCUGUGUCCCAGGGAGCGGACCCCCAGGGACCCCGAGGUGCUAAGAUGAGGGGUGACGCCCAGCAGGACCGCAGUGACGGAGCUCAGGGCGCC